AACAGCAUCAUUGUCGCGUUCUCAGAUACAGCCAGCGAGUUCUUCGAGCUCGCGCUCGGAAAAUAUACUUCACCUGCUAUCAACUUGCACGGUACAAGAUUCAACGUCAAUCUUGUCAAUAGACCCCCGCUGAGAUUAAUUACACUGUUUUGAUUGCAUCACGAAGAACGGUGGCUGUGAGGCGGGUCGUGUCAGUACAUGUCACCGGCAUACUGGAGAUCUGGUCAGUAAAAUUUGCUUGGAAACCAAGAGCACGACUUGAUACUGAAGACAGGAUUGAAUUGACUAUAAUGAGAAAACGUGUGUAGAUGAAUUUGCAUGACCAAAAUGAUGCAGGGACUUUACAGCCAAGACUUAUAUAGAACAAUUCAUUACAGAUUUUUCCCAUCAUCCGAAGAAGUAAAUGUUCAUAAAGUAUGCACAAACAAUGAGAGCUUUUGUCAAGGUUGAAAGUAGGAGAACAAAGUGAGAAAAUAUGGGCUGUGAUGGUGCAAAUUGAGUGUAGAAUGAAAACAUUUAUUGCAUCUCUAGACUUCAAUUGUCGGCUGUUUGUCAUGGUUGUCGGCUAAAUGACCACACCCCUCAAGAUGCUGAAGCUGAACGGAGGAUUGUCAUUUGCUAUUCUCUGCAUAUACUGCCACUUGGUGCAAAAUCUCUCUGCUCAUGUCGUCCCGUCGAAUAGGUCAAGAGGUGUCAAAAUAGGAUUCUUACCUGCAAUGACAGUUGGAAAAGGCAAACAAUUUGCAGGCGCUUUUCUAUACGGAUUAGAACACAUAAACAAGGAAUAUAACUUGUCUGUAGACUACAUGUUCGAAGAUAACAAGGUCGACACGUUUGAGUCAAUAAAAGCGAUGACGAAUAUGUACCACGAAGUUUCCGCAUUUGUCGGCCCAGAGGGUACCUGCAGGACAGAAGGUGUGGUAGCCGCGGCAUGGAACUUGCCAAUGAUUGCCUUUAAAUGUCCCGAUUCUGGACUGUCGUACAAGGUACAUUACCCUACUUUCGCUAGAACACAGCCCUCCACAUUCAAAGUUUCAAAGUCCGUGAUCGCCUUGAUGAAGUAUUUCCAAUGGACGAAGACAGCGUUGAUAGUGGGCAACAGAACCAUCUGGCUGGAGACUGCAGCCGCUGUCAAGGAAUUGGCUGACCAGAACGACAUUAGCAUAACAGUGGAGAGAAUUUUUGAAGAUAAAUUUACAACGGCUAUGAAUGACAUUGUAGACGAAACCCACCAACACACAAGGGUGUAUGUUAUUCUUGGAAACCGGUUUGCGUCCAUCAACUUCGCCCGUUAUUUGUACGAUUCCGGUUUACAGAAGAAUGGGGAAUAUGUUGUAAUUUCUGUCCAGGAGCAGCCAUUUCAGCCGUCCAAUAUAAAAAGAUAUGUUGCAAAAUUUCCAUAUUAUAAAAGUGACAAUGACUUAACUCUUGAAAGAAUAGAUGCAUUCAGAGCGGUGUUGACACUUGCCCUUCGACCGCCUUCUAAUCCGAACUAUGAAGAAUUUCUGGACAAGACAAGAAAUUAUUCUAGCGAGAAACCCUUCAAUGCACCCCAUAAAAUGAUUCCGGGGAAAAAAUUUCCGGUCCCCAUUUACGCCGCUCACCUUUACGAUGCCGUCGCUAUCUACGGUCGGGCACUCAGCGAGGUUUUGGCCAUGCCAAACGGUAAACCUGAUGACGGAAGGGCUAUCUUUAAUCAAAUUAGGUCCAGAGCAUUUAAAAGCAUUCAAGGUCAUGAUGUAUUUAUUGACGAAAAUGGUGACACUGAAGGCAACUACACAGUACUGACCGUUCAACGGGAUCCUUCUUUCCCUCGAGGCUGGACAAUUCGCUCCGUGGGUGCCUUCACUUCUCGUGACAACAAAUCUGCAGUUUUGGAUUUCAAUAUGCAUGGGUCGAUUCAGUGGUUGAAAGGGAAAGUACCUGUUUGUGAGCCUCCAUGUGGAUUUAGAAAUGAGAAAUGUCAAUCAGAUUUUGAUUGGACAGUUGCCUCCGUUGGCUGUGUGUUUGCUGCAGUUUUCGUGGUGAUAGUUUCCGUUCUCGGACUUAGACAUUACCUGUACGAGCAAAAACUUGCCAAACUCCUCUGGAAGAUAGACUUUAAAGGCUUACAACUGCCGGAGUCUGACUUGAAGUCUCCUGGGUUGAAAUGCGAGAGACGCGACAGCACGGAUUCUAUGGACUUACUAAUACCAAGUUCCACGCCACUGGCCCCUUUUACGGAAUCCCUUACCCCCUUCCGAAACAACAUUCAGAUUGGGACAUACAAAGGAAUGGUUGUGGCCGUGAAGUUCAUCAACAGAAAGCCCGUCCAAGUCAAUCGUGAAAUGAAGAAAGAGCUUCAGCAUCGCAAAGACAUCAAUCACGAUAAUAUCAAUCGAUUUCUAGGGGCAUGCCUGGACGGGCCCCGAGUCUGCGUUGUGUCGCAGUUCUGCUCCAGGGGGAGCCUGCACGACAUUCUGGAAAAUAACAACAUGAAACUGGACGACAUGUUUAUUGCAUCACUGGUCCUAGAUCUUAUUAAGGGAAUGAUAUUUAUUCAUGAAAGUAGGAUUGGAUCCCAUGGUAAUUUAAAGUCGACUAACUGCCUGGUGGAUACAAGAUGGGUUCUGCAGAUCUCCGACUUUGGUCUUUACAGCCUGGAUUCUCAUACAGAUCGAAGGCAGAGUGUUGAUGGGUUGAAUUACUAUAAAGAUCUGUUGUGGACUGCGCCUGAGUUGUUACGCAGCGCGAACCGACCGCCCCAGGGGACACCCAAGGGUGAUGUUUAUUCCUUUGCAAUCAUUUUGUUCGAGGUACAUGCGAGAAACGGACCCUGGGGAGAUGCCAAAAUGCCACCACAAGACAUCAUUGAGCAUGUGAAGAGCACGAGUAAUGUGACGGAGCCAUUCCGCCCUGAAACGCACCUGCUGUCCUGCAAGCCACACAUCGUGAACUGUAUAAAACAAUGCUGGACAGAGAACCCAGACGACAGACCGGAUUUCAAAAGCAUCAGAACUAUGUUGAAGUCCAUGCAACAGGGCUUGCAUUCCAACAUAUUUGACAACAUGAUAGCUAUGAUGGAGAAGUAUUCUAACCACCUCGAGGACCUAGUGGAUGACAGGACCAUGCAGUUAUCAGAGGAAAAGAAGAAAACCGAACUCCUGUUACUUAGAAUGCUGCCACGAAGUGUGGCUGAUCAGUUGAAGCGAGGUGAACGGGUCAGCCCGGAGACGUAUAGCUCAGUGACAAUUUAUUUCAGUGACAUUGUAGGAUUCACUGUCCUGUCAGCGGAAAGCAGUCCAAUGCAGAUAGUAGACAUGUUGAACGACUUGUACACUUUAUUUGACUCCAUUACCAGCCACUAUGACGUGUACAAGGUGGAGACAAUAGGGGACGCCUACAUGGUGGUGAGCGGCCUUCCUUUACGCAAUGGUGACAACCACGCAGGAGAAAUAGCAUCCAUGUCAUUACAGUUGCUAUCCGCCAUCAAAACGUUCAAAAUACGCCACAAACCCAAUGAAAUGCUCAAGCUGCGAAUCGGUUUACAUUCAGGCCAGUGUGUGGCCGGCGUUGUUGGCUUGAAAAUGCCUAGGUAUUGUUUAUUUGGAGAUACAGUCAACACGGCCUCAAGGAUGGAGUCAACCGGCGUAGCAUUAAAAAUACACAUCAGCAUGGCCUGUAAGCUUAUACUGGAUAAGCUUGGUGGAUACCAACUUGAGGAGAGGGGAAACAUUCAUGUAAAGGGCAAAGGAGAGAUGACAACUUACUUCUUACUGUCGGAAGACACAGCAUUCCGUUCGCGUAGACUUGAGCAGCAAACAGUGAUCUCAAACGGCAACCCGAGCUCUACAUGCAACUUAGACACCAUCCUAGGCGAGAAGGGUCUUUGUAGACCAGUUUCGAGACACAGCAGUAUGACCAACAGUAACUGGAGUUUGUACAAUAACAGAGCCGUCCAGCAUCAUAAAGGCAGUAGUGACUGGAGUUCAAAAAUGGAUUCGCCUAUAUUCUUCACAUCAGAUCUUCAACAUGGACGGAAAUUGGGCGUUUUCCCCAUCGGGAAUGAGGCUCGAGGUAUGAAGAAAGGCUUUCAAAAUUCGGCCUGUGGUGGCAACUGGGAAUCUCGUGUGUGAAGAACGUUAAUUGUAUUGUGUUACACUGGUCCUACAUGUAGCAAAUUCGUAACUUUUAAGCAAUGUUCUGUACAAGUGGAGUUCGUUGGAAAUAAAGUUCAGUAUUCGUAAAGAAGAACUAUUAAUUGGAUUGUCUGGAAGCACGUCUUUGGAUAAUCACACAAACGUAGUCUGUUCGUAUAUAACCGACACUGUUUAAUUUAUAGUAUGCAUUUAUGGAUAUAUAAAAAGUUUAUUAUUUUUGUGGAUGUUAGGACGUAUUCUUUUUUGCCGACUUCCCUUCUCUCUCUCUUUCUCUCUCAAAUAUAUAUGUAUUUGUGCUCCACUGAAAUAAUGUUACAUUUGUUAAACAAUGUUAUUUUGUAUAU